GUCAAUAACAAAUGAACCAUCAAACUUGACAGUCAAAAUCAAAUAGAAAUCGUAAUGUUUUCCUGAUUUUGUGUGAAUAGUAAGCAAAAUAAUUUGACUGGACUACGAUUAGGUGUUAGUUACUGCUUGGUAAUAACCUCGGACUUCCAGUAUAUCCAUUAAACUCAUCCAAGAUGGCAGAAGCAAAAGAGAAAGAAGAAAAUCCACUCAACAUUGAUGGCAGUAACUUUAAUCCCGAUAUGUAUCUAGACUGUUUGCUAAAAUGUGCUACGUUAAAGCAAGUAAUGGAUAAAGAGGCAGAAAUAGUUACACAGAGUCAGUUCCUUCAAUCAGAAAUGCAAACAUUGGUCUACGAGAACUAUAACAAAUUCAUAUCAGCGACCGAGACAGUGCGGAAAAUGAGAACAGAUUUCAAAAUAAUGCAAGAAGAAAUGAACAAGCUGAGUGAAAAUAUGAAUAAGAUUACAUCCUUUAGCGCGCAGAUAUCUGAUUCACUGCGAGAGAGUGGAAACAAUGUGAGCAGACUGUGUGGAACAAGGCAGUUGUUGGAUAAACUACAAUUCUUAUUCCUCUUGCCAACACAGUUGAACAAAGCCAUUGAAGAAGGCAGGUAUACUGACGCCGUCCACGACUACACCCAUGCUCAGAGAGUCCUGCAGAAGUAUGGCAAUCAGCCAUCUUUUCAAAGUAUUCAAACUGAAUGUUCAGAGAUUAUUUAUGGGCUGAAGAAAACUUUAAGGGAAAGGCUGCUUAGCCCAGAAACCUCAGCUUCUGAUUUGGCCGAAAGUGUAGGACUAUUAAGACAGUUACAAGAAACUGAUUCUUCACUACAAGACAUUUUCCUCAGCUGUUCAGAAAGCCGCUUGGAUCAACACCUACAAGGUCUCAGUGCUAUGGUGGAAACGGCAGACAUUAUUGAAUGGGUGGAGAAGUGCAACAAUACUCUUCUAGCAGAUCUUGGUAUAAUAGUUUCCUGUUACCAUGAAAUGUUCCAAGACAAGGAUAAUACAAAUAUACCUGAUUUUGGAGAUAAAAUUAUGUUGCAAGUAUUUCACCUGUUUGAAGAAGUUGUAAAAAGGCCAGAAAAUAUAGGGACAGAAAUCCUAAUCAGAGGACUAGAUAAGUUCUUUAGAAAGUUACAGGCAAUGACGGAAAUAAUAUCAAGUGACACAAUGUCCGGAAAAGCAAUUGAUGUUGUAAUACAGUGCAUUAAUCAUAAAGCCACCAUACAGUAUCAGUCCAUACAAACUCAGUUCAAGGAGAGUUUAACCAAAGUAAGACAGUCUUUGGCAAGCAAAGGGACUGAUACCACAGAUCUGAAGGAUAUACUGAACUCCUUACAAGUUUACUUGAUGCAAAAAGUACAAGCAUCCUUGUUGGAUCUGAUGGCAUUCCUACAAAAUAACCUCUCAUUUGGCCUCAAAACAUGGUGUGCAAAAGCUGUUGCAGAUACUUGCUGGAAAGUAGUCUCCGAGACCAUGGUCAAUCUAUCAGAUAUGGUCAAAAAGAUGGCCUGUUUACAAACAUCUAAUAACAACAUUCCAUUCGAAUUACUUUUAAUUUUAGCCAAGUUAUGUCUCGAAAUGCAGGAAAGUGGGGUGUCUACCCUACACACUCACUUACAGAAGCUGCUAGAGGAAUCUGCACCAGGACUGACAGUAGAGAAUAAAGAUACUAACAGUGUGAUGGUACACCUCUCUACCGCGGCGCAAGCUGCGUUAGACUCUGAGGUUGUGUUUAUUGGCCAAACAGCUGCACAGAUGUUGAGGGUGUCUGUGUUGGCUAGAGACUGGCUGCGGGCGCCGGAGCCGCGCGGCCCGCGAGCCGUGUGUCGCAGAGUUGUGGAAACAUUAGCAAGUGCCGAUAGUGCUGCCUCACAACUGUUCCCUACCAGCAUAAAGCCCUCUAGCGACUCCAGCCGCCGCACCAUUUGGUCUCGCGCUCCUUCAUCCUUCUCGCCUCUCAAUAGAAUAUUCUCGGAACGAAUUGAAGUGUUCAGUCCAGCUGGGGCAGACAGAGCAGCUUUAUCUAAUGGAGCUCUGAAGGUGGCACUCAAAGCUCUGGUGGAGUGCGUCAGACUGCGCACGUUCGGCAGGCACGGCUUGCAACAGCUGCAAGUAGAUGUGCAUUUCUUGCAACAGAGACUAUCCUGCAUGGGCAAUGAUGAAAGGUUACUGAAUGCUCUUCUAGAAGAUGCACUAGCUUCAGCCCAGCUAAGGUGUGUGGAUCCACAGUUAAUGGAACCUAGUAUUGUCGAUAUUAUUUGCGAGAGAGGAUAAAUAUUUUAGACUAAGGAAUUGCAUUAGUACUUAGGUGUAUUUAUUCAAAUUAAAUAUGUAUUAUUAUUGUUAUAUUAUAUUACCAACAGCAAAUAAAGACAUUUAUAAAU